UUGAUGGUGUUUUUGGUGCAAAUCUUUGUUGUGAAAGCGAAAAAUUUUUAAGUAAAAACGCAAAAGUUGAUUUUUGUGCUUAUUUCUUGGUGCAUUCGAAUAAUUAGAGACUAAAAGUGCAAGUCAGUACUGUUUCCACAAAAUGGGAGCCGUUUUAGGCCUACUUUCGGCAGCUAAUCUUGCCUGCUGCUGUACUGGUACGGCUUGUUCGCUCUGUUGUGCACUAUGUCCGUCGUCGCUCAAGUCCAACUCGACGGCAACUCGGUUUAUGUAUGCCCUGAUGCUGCUACUGGGGGCCAUCGUAGGAGCCAUAAUGCUGGCUCCCGGUUUGCAGGAUUUCUUGCAAAAAGUGCCAUUUUGUGCAAACUCAACCUCCACCGCUGGACAUCUGAUUCCAACAUCUGAUACUAUAGAUUGUAGCUCCGCCGUUGGCUAUCUUGCCGUUUACCGCAUCUGUUUUGCAUUGUGCUGCUUUUUCGCUCUUUGGGCAGUGUUGAUGGUCGGUGUUCGCUCAUCCAAAGAUCCUCGAGCCGCACUACAGAAUGGCUUCUGGGGUAUCAAGUUUAUGAUCGUCACUGGAAUCGCUAUAGGAGCUUUCUUUAUUCCGGAAACGGGAUUCGGUCCAGCCUGGAUGUGGGUUGGAUUAAUCGGAGGAUUUGCUUUCAUCCUCGUCCAGCUAGUCUAUAUUGUUGACUUUGCACAUCAAUGGGCUGAAGCAUGGGUUAGCAACUACGAAGAAGAGGAGUCACGCGGAUGGUUUGCGGCGCUUUGCUGCGUCACCGGGCUGCAGUUUGCUCUAUCGUUGACCGGAAUCGCUCUGCUCUACGUGUACUUCACGCAAGCUGACGACUGUUCGCUGAACAAGUUUUUCAUUACCUUCAAUAUGAUCAUCUGCUUAGGAGUCAGCAUUUUAUCGAUCUGGCCGAAAGUUCAAGAAUAUUCGCCGAAAUCUGGACUACUACAAAGUUCGAUGGUGACCCUGUAUACCAUCUAUCUGACUUGGUCUGCGGUUGCCAACAAUCCUGAUGCCGAAUGCAAUCCGGGCUUUUUGGCCAUCAUCGGUGAUAAACAUAACAAAGUUCAUUUCGACAAGACUAGCAUCAUCGGCUUGGUCAUCUGGAUGCUGUGCAUUCUUUAUUCGACCCUACGCUCGGCCAACAACGUUUCCCGUCUGGCAGAUCCCGAAAAGCAAGUCUUAGCAGCAACCUUAAGUGAUGACGGCGGAUCCAGCAGCGGCGGACAUCAUGGUGGCUCGAAUGAGGUACGCGACAAUGAGGAAGAAGCGGUGGCCUAUUCAUGGUCACUGUUCCAUGUCGUUUUCAUCACCGCUACUCUGUAUGUGAUGAUGACACUCACCAAUUGGUACCAACCAAAUUCGUCGUUGGACACUUUGAAUGCCAACGCUGCUUCUAUGUGGGUAAAAAUCAUUUCGAGCUGGUUCUGCGUAGGACUGUACGCCUGGACCUUGGUAGCACCGAUGGUUUUAACAGACCGUGAAUUUAACUGAAUGUUUUAAAGCAAAAUUACCAACAAGAUAUAAGUAAUUCUUUCCAAAGUCAGUGUUAAAUUACCAGAGAGUAAGGUUUUAUUAGCGAUUAAUCAACCCAUUUAACUGUUUGUUAUCAAUAAGGUAACUUUCUCAACAAGAGCAAAAUCGAUCGAAUACAAAAACCUGUCGUAGGAACAGAUUGAAUUUACCUCUAUUACAACUAAUCAUACAAGUAGUCUCCUAGUAUGCUAAUCGAUAAAAUGCAAUAUUUAUCCAAACACGUUCAAUCUGAUAAUAAAGGUUCCAUUUCCAACCCUGAA